CUCCACAAAAUAUCAUGAAAAUCCAUUAGUACAUGUAAAUAAAGCUGUAAAAUGAUGACCUGUUGGCUACGCGUCAAUUGUUUAUUGCCAUGACUACAUUCAAUACCAGCAGCGUUGAGUUAAUGGUUUUAUAAAACAGGUUGUAGACAUUUUCCUCGCCUCUACAAAGAGCUCCAAUGUGUUAGAUAAUGCUCUCAGUCUUGAGUUUCAGAUGGUUUGAUGGCAUAAUCGGCUCCGCAUUGGUAACAUCAACAAGGCGGGUAUAAAAGAAGGUGCCGUUCCCUGCUGAUCCGUCAGUGCUGCAGUUGGGACAGUCGUUUCCAGAUCCCUGUACACCACAAGAGCUAACCAUGGACGUGAGAGCAGUGCUUGUGAUGCUGGCUGUCCUGAUGCCCCUGCUGCAGGCUUCAGGGCAGAUUAUCAACAUCAACCUCAACACUGGGGGCAACACAGGAGGGAGUGGCACAGCAGACAAGAGUCAGGCUGCUGACAACCUUGCUACGCUGCUGACGCAGACUGAAGGACUAUUCCAAGACACCAGCCUGCUGGAACCACUACUGGACAUGUCAGAUGCUGGACAGAACAUGGUCAUCGUAAAGUUGCUGGAACAGAACAAGGAGAUGGAGGGACAGAUGCAGGAGAUGCAGCAUGAGAUCAAGAGUCUCAAAGUAGAUAACUGCAUCACCAAAACAACCUGCUGCAACAAGACCCUAGAAGGCUGUCCCAGUGGCUAUGAACGGUUCUGUGAGAAGCCUGACAUGUGCUACAAGAUCUCUACAGGCGACAAGAACUACACCGAGGCCAGGUCCGCUUGUCAUGCCGCCGGCGGGCGCCUGGCUAUGCCUAAGGACAAGGCAACAAAUGACCUCCUGGCCAAGAUCAAGGCCAAGGCCAAAUGCAUGGCCAUCUGGAUCGGUCUGACAGACGAGGUGAAACCGGGAACCUGGGUGUGGGAGGACGGGGCAAAACUCGGCUGGGACAACUGGAAACAGGGGUUACCUUCGGGGUAUAACCUUCACCACUAUGCUGUACACACUGAUGACAGCAAGUGGUUUGAUAUAAGCGGCACUGUGGUUACUUAUCGUUACAUCUGUGAAGUAAAGGCCACUGUUACCUACUGGCUCGAUGAAUUUUAA